CACGGUAAUGAUCAGUAAUCGGAAAGGAGUGCUGCAUCAUGUCGGCCUGCGCGCUCUAAUUUAUUUCCUAGUUUAAGAUAUGGGUCGUGUGCGGGUUUGCGGAAUCGCUGCUACUGUUGUUUCUACUUUCAUACUGCUUCAGUGUGUGUCAUCAGCAGUGGGGUCGGAUGACAGCCCAUGGUACCAGGAUCUGUGCAGUUACAAAUGGGAGGCCAUUGACCAAGACAGCAAUGUGAGAUACACUUUGAAGCUCUGUGAUUCUUCUCCGGACACUGAAUGUGGAAAAGAAAGCGCGGUCUGUGCCCACAACCUUAAGAGUGACCAGCACCAGUCAGUGGGUGAGCUCUCCUUGCAGAAGGUCUCGCCUGCUGUGCUUGAUUUCAACAGCUCGAGGAAAUGCGACGACAAGAGCUGCAACAUUCAGAGCAGCAUCACCUUUCAAUGCGGCAAAACUAUGGGCACACCUGAGUUUGUUACCAUCUCUGAGUGUGUGCAUUACUUUGAAUGGAGGACGUAUGCCGCCUGCAGACAUGACAAAUUUAAACCACAUAAGGAGGUCCCUUGCUAUGUCUUUGACUCGGAUGGAAAGAAGCAUGACCUCAACCCGCUGAUAAAACUCUCAGAUGGCUACCUGGUUGAUGACCCAGACGAUGAAAUUGAUUUCUACAUUAAUAUAUGCAGAAGUCUAAACCGCGCUGGAAGCUCCUGUCCCGAGGGAUCAGCCGCCUGUCUCACCUCUGGCAAAGACUCCUUCGACAUGGGUCAGCCUGUUCAUCAACUCGAGCUGCUCUCCAAUGACAAACUAAAGCUGCGAUAUGAGGGAGUCAAAGAAGGCCCAUCCUUCUGUAAUGGCCACAGUCCAGCAGUGACGAUUACAUUUAUUUGUCCAUCUGCAAGGCAGGCGGGAAGUAACCCUAAGAUGAUCAGCAACUUGAACUGUCGGUAUGAGAUCGAGUGGGUGACUGAGUACGCCUGCCACAGAGAUUACCUGGAGAGUCACAGCUGCACACUGACCAGCGAACAGCACGACAUCUCCAUUGACCUUACUCACCUGAUGCACAACCAAUCAGAGGGAUCUCAAAACUGGGAGGCUGUGGGCACCAAGGCAGCAGAGUCUGAUAAGAAACGCUUUUACAUCAAUGUUUGUCAUAAAAUCAUCCAAGACGAGGAGACCAGAUCUUGCCCUGAGGACGCAGCAAUAUGUGCAGUAGGCACUGGGAAAACUAUGAACUUGGGCAAAUUCCUGAUUUCUCCGCAAAAGGCAGCAGAGGGUGAUGACAUCAGACUCAUUUACACUGAUGGAGACAAAUGCGGGGAGAACAUGAAAGUGAAAACCAUCAUCACUCUGAAGUGUAAGCCUGGAGAUGUUGAGAGCGCUCCAGUCCUGAGGAGCGUGUCCAGUGAUGGAUGCAUCUAUGAGUUUGAGUGGUUCACCGCUUCAGCCUGCGUCCUCUCGAAAACCAAAGGUGACGACUGCAAGGUGGAAGACCCAAAAGCAGGAAUUUCAUUUGACCUUUCCCCGCUUCGGAAACCUAGCCGCGGUUAUUAUAACAUGUCCGUUGCCAACUAUGACUACUUCAUCAAUGUGUGUGGCAAUGUGAAGGCCGCACAGUGUCCAGAAACAGCAGGGGCCUGUCAAGUUGACCAGAGUGGCACAAGCUCUUGGAAUCUCGGCGAGUUUAACUCCAAGCUUUCUUACUAUGAUGGCAUGAUCCAGUUGACCUACAGAAACGGCUCUCAGUACAACAACAAGCAGCACACGCAGCGUUCCACACACAUUUCCUUCCUCUGUGACAGAGAGGCUGGUCCAGGAAAACCAGAGUUUCAGAAAGAAGAUGAGUACACUUAUAACUUCAAAUGGUACACUUCCUACGCCUGUCCUGAGAGACCACAUGAGUGUGUUGUGACAGACCCCAAAACUCUGCAGCAAUACGACCUGUCCAGUUUGUCAGUAUCUAAUGGCGGUAGGAACUGGCAGGCCAUGCACACCUCUGACCCCAGCGGCCCGAGGAAGUAUUACAUCAAUAUAUGCCGGCCACUUAAAGCCGUGUCUGGCUGUGACAGGAAAGCUUCUGUCUGUGAGGUGAAAUUCGAGGUUGACAAAGAAGGCCUGUCUGAGAAGGUAGAAGUCAGUAACUUAGGCAUUGCUAUGAAGGGGCCAGUGAUUGUGGAAGAGAACCAGCUAAUGUUGGAGUACACUAAUGGCUCAGUGUGUCAAGCAGAUGGAGCGAUGACCACUUACAGAACUCGUAUCCACUUUGUCUGCUCAUCUGGGACAGCACCAUCCGGUCCUCGCUUUUUGGUGAACCAGAAUUGCACCGUUGACUUUGUUUGGGACACAGAAGCAGCCUGCGCCAUCUCAACCGUUGAGGCCACCAACCAGACCUGCUCAGUGAAAGAUCCCAACACUGGCUUUGAGUUCAACCUGCAACCACUUGCUUCUGAAAGCGGAUACCACGUCAAUGCCCAUGGGAAAGACUUUGUCGUGAACAUUUGUGAUUCAGUGAAAGCGUGCGGAACUGUCAGAGAUAAACCUGUGGCCGGCUGUGAGCUGGAAGAUAAGAAACCUGUGAGUCAAGUUGGUAUGGAACGGUCUCUCCAGUUCUCCACUGAUGGCACUCUGACUCUCACGUACAAAGGGGCCUUGGACAAAUCGUCAGGUACCGAAGACACCUUCGUCAUUAAUUUUGUGUGUGACCAAAAUGCCAACCCAGCCUCUCUGAGGCUUAUACAGGAAGAGCUGGGCACAACUACACACGUAACCCACAAUGUGUUUUUUGAGCUUUCCACUGCACUAGCCUGUGAACCUGCUCCUGUGGAUUGCCAAGUCACCGAUUUGCAAGGUAGAGAAUACGACUUGGGUGACCUCAGUCUGGAUGACAAGUAUUAUGUUCCUCUGGACACCACAGAUCAGGCCCGCGUUCAAAAGUUUUACAUCAACGUGUGCAAACCGCUGCCUCGCGUCCAGGGCUGCCCUGCUGGAGUGAUUGGAGCAUGUGGCCAGCUGAAAGGCAGAGGUGUGAAUCUGGGAUACGUGCAGUCCAGCCUGCAGGUAGCGGCAGAUGGCUCCAUCAGUAUUGUUUAUCUGAAUGGGGACAAGUGCAAUUCAGGACGUUACUCCACCCGAAUCGUCUUCCAAUGUGAUGACAGUCCUGGGGCACCCAUGUUUGAUCGCAAAGAUGGCUGUGAAUAUGUCUUCAUCUGGAGAACCUCAGAAGCUUGCCCAAUCAAAAGAGUCCAGGGUGAAAACUGUAAAGUCGAGGACCCCAAGAGCGGUUACGAGUACAAUCUUACACCACUGGCCGGAAAGGACUAUGAAGUGAACGAUUUGAGUUAUGAGUAUCACUUUGCAGUGUGUGGCCCAGUUACAUCCUCAGUCUGCCCUCACGGUCCCAGCAACUCUGUUUCCUCCUGUCAGGUCGAGGGCAGUACACACAGAAUAGCAGGCUUAGCCAAUCAAAACCUCACAUUUGAUGAUGGGAUUAUUAUGAUCAACUACACAAAUGGGGAAAAUUGCCACAAGAUCUAUGAGCGAUCCACGGCUAUUCUCUUCUCCUGCGACCACAGCAAGAAUCCUGGUAAGCCAGAGUUCAUAAAGGAGACCGCAGACUGCACAUACCUGUUUGAAUGGCACACAGCUUUGGCCUGCCCUUCCUUCAAAACCACAACCUGCUCCUACAAUGAUGGCAAUGGCCACUCCUACGAUCUAUCCUCACUGGCCCUGCACAAAUCUAAUUGGAUGGUCGUGCCAGAUGCGACCAAUCAGAAGCAGCGUUACUAUAUCAAUGUGUGCAAGUCUCUGGUGCCUCAGACCGGUUUGUGGAGCUGCCCGUCUAGCGCUGCGGCUUGUCUGAAAGACGGAGAUGAGUAUGUGAAUCUGGGGGAGGCAGAGGCAGGUCCACAGUGGGAUAAAAACAUCCUGAUUCUGAAGUACACCAAUGGACAAGCCUGUCCUGAUGGCAAGAGAAACCGGACCACCAUUAUUCGCUUCAAAUGCGACCCAGACAGAGUGGAUUCUGAACCUACUCUGAUCACGGCACUGGAGGACUGUGUCUAUAGCUUUGUGUGGUUCACUGCUGCAGCCUGUCCUCUCAAUAGCACUGAACAUGGGGACUGUAAAGUCACAAAUCCAGCCACAGGUCAUCUCUUUGACCUGAAUGCCGUGAGUCGGACAGGUGGCUAUACGGUCUAUGAUCCCAUGGCCCAUAGGAAGAUGUUCAGACUAAAUGUUUGUGGAGAAAUAGCCAAUGCUGGUUGUGCUUCUGGAACAGCCGUGUGCAUCAAAGACACUCGGAAUGUCAUAAGUGGUGGGAAAACCACAAGGAAGCUGGUGUAUAAGGAUCAGGUGGUGGAGCUCACUUAUGAGGAUGGAGACGCGUGUGCCGCCGACCCUUCCUUCAAACACAAGAGCAUCUUCAGCUUCGUCUGCAAGUCUGAGGGAGGAGGCACAGAUGAACCCGUGCUGGUGUACUCCGAUGACACCACUUGUACUCACUUUUUCUCCUGGCACACUCCUCUUGUCUGCGAACAACAGGUGAAGUGCUCCGUUUGGAACGGUACCAACCAGAUUGACCUCAGUCCUCUGAUCCAUCUCACCGGUUACUACACAGCUAUCAACGAGGAUGUAGACAGGGAAAAGUCUCCUGAUUUCUACAUCAACAUCUGCCAGCCCCUCAACCCCAUCCCAGGGGUCAACUGUCCUCCAGGGGCCGCUGUGUGCAUGGAUCCUGUUGAUGGAGAUCCAGUUGACAUCGGACGAAUCACCUCCCCUCCUCGCUAUAACAGCAACACCAAUGAGGUGGAGAUCACCUUCAGCAGCACAACCGUCUGCCCUUCUAACCCCACCUCCAACUACUCCUCCAAGAUCGUUUUCACCUGCCAGAAAGGAGCAGAGCUGGGUUCUCCCCAGAUGAUCCGAGCUCAGGACUGUAUGUAUGUGUUCGAGUGGGCCACUCCUGUGGUUUGUGCGGAGACCAUCACGGCGCAGGGCUGCAAUCUGACCGUCUCCCAGCUGCGCUACACGUUUGACCUCUCAGCGCUGUCAGGGACCAUUCAGGUUCCUAGAAGCUCCGGCUCCUUUAAUAUCAACGUGUGUGGGACUGUGACAGGCACAGCAUGUAAAGACAGCGCGGUAUGUCUGAUCUUAACGGGCUCUGCGGCUUCAUACGGAAACAGCAAAAUCAUGAACCUAGACUACAAGAGAGAAGAGCAGGCUGUGAUCAUGCAGUACAGUGGAGGAGACACCUGUCCUCAAGUUACAGAUAAAAAUGAAGUGUGCAUUUUCCCCUUUAAGUUCCUGGGCAAGUUUUAUUCUGAGUGCACAACUCAGGGCAGGACUGACGGCAGGAAGUGGUGUGCCACUACAAGCGACUAUGACAAAGAUCAGAAAUGGGGCUUUUGCUCUGGCGCACCAAGAGGGAAACGGCAGUCAUCCAUUUUGUUCUCGUGUGACAGAGCGGCAGGCCGUGGAAGUCCUCAGCUGAUGAGCGAAACCCAAGGAUGUUCUGUCACCUUCCAGUGGCGAACGAAUGUGGUCUGCCCACCCAAAAAGAUGGAAUGCAAGCUUGCAGGACAACACCAGACCUACGACCUGCGAACACUCUCAUCUCUAACAGAGCCGUGGAAAUUUAGCAACGGGGACGAUUCGUACUACUUCAAUCUCUGUCAGGCCAUUCAUGGAGGCCAGCCAGGCUGUGCAGCAGAAGCUGCCGUGUGUCGCAGACGUGCUGGUGGGAAGACUGAGACUCUGGGCCGUGUUCACACGCAGGCCAUGGAGUUCAUCGAUGGAAAGAUCCUCGUCAAUUAUUCCAUGGGCGACGAGGUGUGUGGAAACGAUAAACCAGCCAGAACAAUCUUGCAGCUGAAGUGUGGCAGCACAGUGGGCCUUCCGAAAUUAUUCAAGGAGGAUAAAACUGCAUGUGAGUACUGGGUGGAGUGGGAGACUCGAUCUGCAUGUGCUGUAAAGCAGGAGGAAGUGGAGAUGAUCAAUGGAACCAUCAAAGUGCCCGAGACAGGAGCCAUUUUCAGCCUGGGAGCACUUUAUUACCGUUUCCACAACGCCACAGGAGACAUCCGUCCCAAUGGAGAUCGCUAUAUCUACCACAUCCAGCUGUCAGGCAUCACCGACGGCUCCAUUUCCAAUUGCCUGGGUGCCAAUAUCUGUCAGGUCAAGAUGAAUGACAGUUACCGCAGAAAAAUUGGCUCCUCCAGCAAAGCCAAGUAUUAUAUCAAAGGUGGAAAUCUUGACGUCUUGGUACCAUCUGAAUCUGUAUGUGGACGAGACAAAACCAAAACUGUGUCCUCGACCAUCCUGUUCCACUGCAGCCCUACGGCAGGAGAGGGUAUCCCAGAGUUCAUGCUGGAGACAGAUGGCUGCCAGUAUCUGUUUGUUUGGCACACUGCCACCGUUUGUGAAUUUUUUUCAUCCACCUCCAUGGACCCGCACAGCACUGAUGGAGGGGAGGAGCAUGCCGGAUUAUCUGGGCGGAGUCAGGCCUUAGGGGCGGUGCUUAGCAUGCUGUUGGUUGUGCUCACAAUCUGUUUGCUUGUUCUUCUGCUGCACAAACGAGACAGGAGGCAACUUGUAAUACAGAAAGUGUCAAGCUACUGCAGGAAAGGAAAUCCAGUAUCCUACAAAUACUCCAGGGUGAACACAGAUGAGGACGGAUGUGAAGAUGAGGUGGAAUGGUUAAUGGAAGAGACCGGGAUGCCCACGCGGGAGCCUCAAGGGAACGGUCACAUCACCACCAAGCCGGUCAGCGCUGACGCCCUGCGCUCCUUCUCCCUGGACGAGCAGGACAGCGAGGACGAGGUGCUCACAGUCCCAGGGGUCCGAAUUGCCCCUUCAUCGUCCACUUCCUCGCGGCUGAAAGCAGAGAGCGACGAGGAUCUGGUGGGACUCCUGGUGGACACACAGAGCAGAAAUAAGACCCGAUACAGCGACAGAAACCAUAGGAAACCUCAGCCAGACCCUGAUGACAGCGACGAGGAUUUACUGAAAGUCUGAGAGCGCCAGGCGGCCCAAACUGAACUUUUGAAUGUCUCUGCCACCACGCUCCAAUUGUUUAGUUGCUCCAUUU